AUGUCCAUAAAAGUUACAGCUUCAUCUGACCACACCGAGAGUCCUCUUGCUGCUGAGUUUGUUCAAGAAACUCUUAAAGAGCAUUUGAGUAGCAUUGAGGAUGUCAAUGUCUUCACGGGCAAGCUUGCUGAAGCUUUCAGCACGAAGAGCUCAAAGCACAAGUUCCUUAUUCUGGUAACUAGCGUUGCUGCUGGGGAGUCUGUGGAAGCAGACUUGAAAGUCAAGACUUCCGUAGGUGCCAUUUGGGAGCCUAAGAAAGAUGGUUAUUAUAGCUUUGAGGUGAAGGGUGAAGACUCGGGCAAGUACUUGAUCACAGUCUUCUGGAUCAGUGUCGAUUGA